AUGCCUUUUUCCAAACUCCUCUUCAUUUUCCUCCUACUUUUGUUCUCACCUUCAACUCCUUCUUCUUCAUCUUCAAACUCCUCUAUUCCCAUCUCACUCCUCAACACAAACCCACAUUCACACCCCUUCCAAAAGCUCACAUACUUAGCCUCAAACUCCAUAGCCAGAGCCCACCAUCUCAAAAAUCCCGAAAAUGCCCCUACCUCUGCCGCCACCCCACUGUACCCUUACAGUGGAGCUUACUCGAUCUCGUUCAGCUUCGGCACACCUCCACAAACCAUGGCUAUGAUCAUGGACACUGGCAGCAGCUUCUCUUGGUUCCCUUGUACGAGAAGAUACACGUGCAAAAAUUGCUCGUUUUUUUCGGAAAACAACAUAUCAUCUUUCAUACCGAAACAAUCUUCCUCGGCCAAGAUCCUCGGCUGCAAGAACCCUAAAUGCGGUUGGGUCCACAGAUCGUUCGAACCGGACUCUAGCUGCAGCAGAGAGUGCCAGGUGGCGAACCAGACGAGCUGCACGCAAAUAUGCCCUCCGUACAUGAUAUUAUACGGUCAAGGCUCGACUGCAGGCGUAGCCAUGUCAGAAAUACUCAACUUGCCGAACGAGAAAAUACACGAUUUUCUCGUGGGCUGCUCGAUUUUCUCGUCCAAUCUGCCAGCUGGCGUAGCCGGUUUCGGCAGGGGAAAUACUUCUCUCCCUAGCCAAUUAGGACUCAAAAGAUUCUCUUACUGCCUCGACACUACCAAAAGCGGCUCGCUUUAUAUGGACGCUUUAUUCGAUUCCGGUGAAAAAACCGCGAAAUUCAGUUACACCCCAUUCUUGAAAAACCCGGUUUUUGGGCCGGAAUAUUACUAUGUCGGCUUACGAAAAAUUACGGUGGGAGGUAAAAAGGUCGAAAUUCCAUACGAAAAUUUGUGCCUGGAUAAGACGAGUGGUGGGGGUGGGACUAUAGUCGAUUCGGGCUCGACUUUUACAUACAUGAACAGGGCGGUUUUUACUGCGGUGGCGGAUGAAUUUACGGUGCAAGUGAAAAAUUACGAAAGGGAAGUUAAUGUGGAGUCUCGAACGGGUUUGAGGCCGUGUUUUGACGUGACGGGAGAAAAGGUAAUUAAAAUGCCGGGUUUGAAGUUUCAUUUUAAGGGAGGGGCAGAGAUGGAAUUGCCGUUAGAAAACUAUUUCUUUGCCGCUAGUGAUGACCGGAAGUUGGUCGUGUGCUUGGCGAUGGUGACGGAUAAUACAUUGCUUGGCUCAGAAGUUAACGGAGGCGGCGGGCCGUCUGUGAUAUUGGGUAAUUUCUUGAUGCAGAAUUUUCAUGUGGAGUUUGAUCUGAGGAAUGAGAGGUUUGGAUUCAGACAAAGGCCUUGCUAG